CCCCCUCUCCACUCCUUUCCCUCUCUCCACUUCACUCUGCGCACUCCUCUCUCGGGACAGCGCGGGCAGCAGCAGCAACAGCAGCUGCAGAAACAGCAGCAGCAUGGCUUGUGGACACUGCGGCCCUGGGUUUAAGACCCCCUUGGAUGCCAUGAAAGGGCCCAGAGAGGAGAUAGUCUACGUGCCUUGCAUCUACCGCAACACUGGAGUGGACAAGCCAGACUACUUGUCCACAGUGGACGUGGACCCGAACUCUCCCACCUACUGCAAGGUGAUCCACCGCCUGCCCAUGCCGUGCGUCAAGGACGAGCUGCACCACAGCGGCUGGAACGCGUGCAGCAGCUGCUACGGGGACUCGAGCAAGCGGCGAGACAAGCUCAUCCUGCCCAGCCUCAUCUCCUCGCGCAUCUACGUCGUCGACACGGGCUCCGAGCCGCGCGCGCCCCGCAUGCACAAGGUGGUGGAGCCCGUCGACAUGUUUUGGCGCACGGGACAGGCCCACCCACAUACGUCGCACUGCCUGGCGAGCGGCGAGGUCAUGAUCAGCACCAUGGGUGACCCCGCCGGGAAUGGCAAGGGGGGAUUCAUCCUUCUGGACGGCGAAAGCUUCGAGGUGAAAGGGCAGUGGCAGGCGGAGGGAGAGAGCGUCCCCUUCGGCUACGACUUCUGGUACCAGCCUCGGCACAACGUCAUGGUGAGCACCGAGUGGGGCACGCCCAAGGUGCUGGCAUCCGGAUUCCGCCUGGAGGACCACCAGGCCGGCCACUACGGGCACAGCAUCCACGUGUGGGACUGGGAGCGCCGCGUGUGCACGCAGAGCCUGGACCUCGGCCCUGACGGCGACAUCCCGCUGGAGGUCCGCUUCCUGCACGACCCCAGCGCCCCCCAGGGCUUUGUGGGCUGUGCCCUCUCCAGCAACGUCUUCCGCUUCUACAAGACCGAGAAGGGGGACUGGGCUGCAGAGAAAGUCAUCGAUGUGCCAAGUAAGAAGGUGGAGGGCUGGAUGUUGCCAGAGAUGCCGGGACUCAUCACGGACAUUCUCCUCUCGCUGGACGACCGCUUCCUCUACUUCAGCAACUGGCUGCAUGGGGACAUCCGCCAGUACGACGUCACGGACCCGCGGCACCCCAAGCUCGUGGGACAGGUGUUUAUUGGAGGCAGCAUUCUGAAGGGUGGCCCUGUGCGAGUGAUCGAGGACAAGGAGCUGAAGGAGCGGCCUAAACCUCUGGUGGUGCAGGGCAAGCGGGUGCCUGGCGGGCCCCAGAUGAUCCAGCUCAGCCUGGAUGGGAAGCGGCUUUAUGUCACCACCUCCCUCUACAGCGGCUGGGACAAGCAGUUCUACCCUGAAAUGAUCAAGGAGGGCUCGGUGAUGCUGCAGAUCGACGUGGACACCCACAAGGGCGGCCUCUCCGUGAACAAGCGCUUCCUGGUGGAUUACGGCACGGAGCCGGACGGUCCCGUGCUCGCCCACGAGGUGCGCUAUCCGGGCGGGGACUGCAGCUCCGACAUUUGGCUCUAGCCUCUCAACCAUCCCCCCCCCACAUCGGGUUUGACCGGAGCACCUUCUGGACGAACGAGCACCGGCGCAAGAUUCCACCUCGUGCGGCCGUUGCCCCCCCUGCUAGUCUCGUAGUCCCGGCUCUACGACCUCAGCUUUAGGCCCACGAGCCCAGAGCAGCAGUUGUCUCGCUUUGUGUGGGUCACACCGCCUUAGGUGGCAUCACUUUCGUGGCUUCAUGUGUCUUAACGUGUUGCCCACAACAGUGACGUCUGUGUGUGUGUGUGAUAAUCACUUGGAAUUGGUGGAUUGUGUCAAAUGAUUCACUUUCAUUGGUCGGAAAAAAAAUGAGAACCACUGUUGUUUUGCUAUCUUAUGUGGUGCCAACAACAUCUGCUCUGGUAAUGUUGUUAAUAAAGUGCAUUUUACGUCAUUUUAACUACAAUGUCGUAAUUCCUGCUGAAAAUAAAUCCAAGUUGCAAAAUAAA